UUUUUCUUUUUUUUUUUGCUUAAUUCCAUGCCCUCCCGUCCCGUCCCGACCGACUAAGCUCAUGAGAAGAACAAGGCGCUUCUGCGCGUCUAUUUCUCCCCGUGGAGAUCAAAGUCGUGUUUAAUUCAGUCGGAGCGUGAAACAUUUUGCCACCGAAUUCCCUCCCGCCCUCUUCUGAAGAGACGUAUAUCGUUCACUUUCUAUAGAGAGAGGAAACCAGAUGCUUGAACGGAAGGUAGGGGAAACGAACAGCAGCACGCGCCCCUUUGGCACAUAGAUAAGAUGGCGAUUCAGAGGGGAAGCACCCUGCUCCCCGCUGCGGCCUCCGCAGUCUCUCGCCGGAACCCUUGAUGUACCAGGCCCACUACCACAACCGCCUGAGGAGCUGGCCUAACACUUGGUUCGCUGCCGCCGCCGUUGACAAACCCCUCAAGCAUGUGGUCUUCAAGAUGCAGCUCAGUGACCAAACCCCUACCAUAGAAGAUCCCGCGCCGCGUCAGCGGCACGGCGGCGCCGGCGCCGGCGCCGACCUCACCGCGCUGUUCUCCGACGAGCUCCUCCUCCGCAUCCUCGCUGCCGUACCGGACCCCCUCCGCCUCCCCGCCUCCCUCGUCUGCAAGCGAUGGCUCCGCCUCGUCGGCCGCCUGCGCCACUCCCUUACCCUCCUCGACUGGUCCUUCCUCGACCGCGGCCGCCUCUUCCUCCGCUUCCCCGACCUCGCUGAGCUCGACCUCGUCCCUGGCUCCUUCGCGUCCCCUUCGUCCGUAGCUGCCAGGGGCCGCGUCCUGCUUUCCUGGGGUCCUUUCUCUGUCACGGUCGACACCAACGCCGACUCUCCUGUAGGUGAGUGCUGCUUCCUCGACCCGGACGUCAUCGAUCGCGGCCUCGAGACCGUCGCCCGCAGCUGCCCUGGCCUUCGGAAGCUCUCCCUCGUCGCCAGUGACUCGGAGGCCGGCCUCAUGGCGAUCGCUGGAGGGUGCGACACUAUGCAGGAGCUGGAGCUCCAUCGGUGUUCCGACCUCGCCCUCCGCCCCAUCUUCGCCUUCAAGAACCUCCAGAUACUGCGGCUGGUGGGAUCCGUUGACGGGCUCUACUGCGGGCCUCGCGUCACCGACAUUGGGCUCACCAUACUGGCCCAUGGGUGCAAGCGGCUGGUGAAGCUGGAGCUCAGUGGGUGUGAGGGUAGCUACGACGGGAUCUCUGCCAUAGGGCGGUGCUGCAUGAUGCUUGAGGAAUUGACGAUCUCCGACCACCGGAUGGGCGAUGGUUGGCUGGCGGCGUUAUCCUUCUGCGGAAACCUGAAGACGCUGAGAAUGCAGAGCUGUAGGAGGAUAGAUGCUGAUCCAGGGCCAUCGGAGCACCUCGGGACAUGCCCGGCCAUCGAGACGCUGCAGAUGCAGCGGUGCCAGCUGCGGGAUAAAAGAAGCUUACAAGCACUAUUUAUGGUGUGCGAGGCAGUUAGGGAUGUUGUGUUUGAAAAUUGUUGGGGGUUGGACAGCAACAUGUUCGCGCUUGUGAGCAUUUGCAGGAGGGUGAAGUUUCUCUCAUUGGAAGGAUGCUCGCUUGUAACAACUGAAGGUUUCGAGUCGGUAGUUCUAUCCUGGAUGGAUUUGCAGAGACUCACCGUCAUCUCGUGCAACAAUAUAAAGGAUGGCGAAGUAUCUCCUGCUCUAUCAAGCCUGUUCCCAGUCCUCAAAGAGUUAAAGUGGCGACCAGAUAGUAAAUCUGCCCUUGCAGGGACCGGCAUGGCGAAGAAGGGUGCGAGAUUUUUCAGAAGGUUGUGAAGUCUCAGAUAGUGGUCCGUUCAUAUACCUUCCCUCUCCUCCAAAGGAAUAGAAAAUUGAACCCAGUGGUCAAUAAGAGGUUGUAGAAGAUUUGUGAACCAAUUGAGCAGAAACCUGUGUUUCCAAACUGAUAUAGAACCAUCAUUUUGUGGUGUAGCAUGCAAAAGUAGUGUUGUACAUUUCAUGUACACGAGAAGAAUGAUGAACCAAAGUGCUUCAUCGUUAAUCAUGUAUGUGAAGCAUCAAAAACUAACUUAUAGUG